AUGAGUCUAUUUUCCCAUUGUUUUAAGAAAAAAAGGUUAAUAUUCUCUGAAAUACUGUUUCGCCAAAGGAAUUUAUGGACACGUUCUUCUUUAACUCAAAAUUUAUCAGAAUCUCCACUUCCAUCACCAAUUGAUAAGUUUCCCUUUAUAUUUAGACAUGCACCAAAAGCUCCGUCUUACCCACGUUUUUUUCCGCCAUCAAAAGACUUAAAACCUCUAACAUAUGUUUUUGAUUCUUUGCAGCAACUUUUUGCAACAUAUAUUUCUUAUUCAUCGGCAGAAGUUCGAUUUGGAAGCGACUACUGGCCAAAUGAGUUUUGUAUAGGAGCAACAUAUGCUACUCGCAAGUUUUUUCAGCUUCUUAAAGAGCCUAGAUCAAGAUUAUCUGAAAUUAUGACAGAAGAUUUGCUUAUACUUCUUGAUGAAUUUAUUAGGAAGGAUAAUCAUGGGCCUUUGAGGUUACGGCCGUAUAUACAACUGAAACAUGUAUAUAAUUCAAAGAUUCGUACAGUAUUUGUUAAUUUUGGAUGUAAAGAUACAUUUAAGUAUCUUUCAGAGCUUGAAAAAUCAAAUAUGACAGAUCCAAGAUAUAUAAGGAUAAGAUGGAAAACGUUUAAUAUUGGUUUAAAAUUAACAUCAUAUGAAAAAGAUAUUCCAGCAUCAUUUACCACUACUAAAAAUCUUGCUAUAAGAGAAAUGAAGAAAGGAAUAUCCUAUGCAGUGGAUUUAGAGAUAGAUGGUGAAUUCGAAACUGGUUAUUUUGAUUCUUUAGACGAAAAAGAUGAAAAUAUUCAGCCCAAAAUUGUAAACAAAGAAAAACGUACCGUAGUUGUAACAUUUCAGAGUCAACAUUGCAAUCCUGGUUGUAAAUUGUCAGUGGAAAAUGUAUGCAAUGAUGAUGAACUUAUUAAAGAAGGAGUUGAAUGGAAAAUAUCAGUAUAUAAAUAUAUUUAUUGGCAUUAA